CCAACGAGAAAAAUGCUGAAAUUCAUUCUACCCUGCCUGGCACUGGCCCUGCUGGCUGUGAGCGUGAGCGCCUUGAAGAUCCACGACUAUGAGCACCAGGAGCACCAGCCCCACGAGCAGCAAUACGAGCAUCAGGAGCAUGCCAGCUACGAGCCGGAGCACGAGGAGACGGAGCUGCAUCACGAGGUGGAGCACAAGCAUGCCACGUCCCAUCAGAGCGUCAAGUUCCAUCACUACCAUGCCGUGCCCGUGUACAUUAAGAAGGAGGAUCAGCAUCUGGUGAAGAAGCCCAUCGAGAUCGGCGGCACCAAGCAGAAGCUGAAGAUUCUGCACCCCAAGAGCGAGCACAACCACAACCAUGGCCUGGUGCUGGAGAAUCACAGCGAGUCGCAUCUGCACGAGCAUGGACACUACGAGGAGCCCGUCCACCACUCGGAGCACUACGAGCACCAUGAGCAUUAUGGGCACGAGUAGGCAGAUCCGAUCCAUUCCGGCGCCCUCAUUUGCCAAAUAAGUUGUAAGGAAGGGUUAUUCCCCCCAGCCCCCCAAUCGUGUGUAAGGAUUUUUUUUAUU